AUGCAGUGCAGAAAUAAAGCUUCUCACCUGUAUGGAGACAUCCAGGGUACAUGCACACUGUGUCAGAAAUACCAGGGGCUCAAGGAGGAGCUGGAGAGAGCCUGGAAAGUAAAGGCACAACAAUCAAUACAAGCUGAUGACCAAAUGAAUCAAUUUAUUGAGCAAUUAGAGGAAAACAGACGACUGAGAGUGCUUGAGAGUGCUGCCCUAGCCUCUACGAACGAACAGAAUGUGUUCCUGCGCCAAAGCCUGGAUCAUUUUAACCAGGCCCUAGCAAUCAAACAGGCAGAGAUUGACCGGAAAGAGAUAGAGUUGUCUGAUUUAAACAAAAACCUCAAAAGAGAAGUCGGAAAAAUGGAAACUGAGAUUACUGAGUUAACAACAAAGCUAAAACUAAUGGAGGCAAACUUAGAAAGUCGAGAAGAACAAAACAAAGAGCUGCAGUCGAGAAUCCAUGAUCUGAAACAAAAAGUGCUUAGUCUUGAAGAUGUGAACACUGAACUUCAGGACAAAGAAAAGUUUCUGUUGGUUUCUAUUUCUGAAAAAGAGGCACUCAUUGACCAACAGCAAGCUAAACUAGCACACCUGGAGCAGAAUAUUGAGAAGCUUUCUGGACAACAGGAGGACAGCUCAAAGACAAUCGAGGAACUUCAGCGUCAACUACACCUGAGCUUAGUGGAGUCUUUUGAACAGAAAGAGACCAUUUUUGAAUUGGAGGCACAAAUUGAAAAGCGUAAUUGGACCAACAACCAACUGGUAACUGAGCUUCUGUCAAAACAAACUGAAGUUCAGCAAAUGCAUGAAAUUAAUGAGCAAUUAGAAGAGGACAAACGAGUUUCCUUUGAGCGUGCUGCCCAACAAGAGGCUUUUAUAUCUGAGCUAAAAUCAGUGAAUGCUCAAGUGGAAGAACAGAAUGUGGUUUUUGCCUCUGAAAACGAGACAUUUAAGAAUGAGAAUUUCUAUCUGAAGAGUUUACUCAGAGAUUCCGAGACUGAACGCAGAGAAUUAACCAUGAAAGUUGAAAAUUUGAGGAAUAGUCUCUUUGAUUCUGAUUCAAGGCAAACCUCUCUGAGUGAACAGAAUGCACUACUGUACCAAAACGUUGAUUAUUUUAAACAGCUCCUAGCAAAGAAACAUGUAGAGAUGGACCAAAAAGAGAUACAGCUGUCAACGACCAUAGAGAAACUGCAGUCAGAACUAGCUAACUUGAAAGCAGAAGUUGUAUCAUCUCGAGUAAAGCUACAACGAAUGGAGGCAACUUUAGAAACACAAGAAGCACAAAACAACGAGCUGCAGGCAAGAAACCAUGUCCUGAAUGAAGAAGUGCUUAGUCUUAAGGCUAGGAACACUGAACUUCAGGAGAAAGAAAAGUCUCUGUUAGAGCAGAGCAGAAAGGAUCAUGAUGACCUAACUUCUAAACUGAAGGCAGUCCAGCAGGAAGCAGCAAAGAAUGAGCAACGAAUGGAGGCAAACUUAGAAAAUCGAGAAGAACAAAACAAAGAGCUGCAGUCGAGAAUCCAUGAUCUGAAACAAAAAGUGCUUAGUCUUGAAGAUGUGAACACUGAACUUCAGGACAAAGAAAAGUUUCUGUUGGUUUCUAUUUCUGAAAAAGAGGCACUCAUUGACCAACAACAAGCUAAAGUAGCACACCUGGAGCAGAAUAUUGAGAAGCUUUCUGGACAACAGGAGGACAGCUCAAAGACAAUCGAGGAACUUCAGCGUCAACUACACCUGAGCUCAGUGGAGUCUUUCAAGCAGAAUGAGACCAUUCUUGAAUUGGAGGCACAAAUUGAAGAGCAUAAUUGGACCAACAACCAAGUGGUAACUGAGCUUCAGUCAAAACAAACUGAAGUUCAGCAAAUGCAUGAAAUUAAUGAGCAAUUAGAAGAGAACAAACGAGUUUCCCUUGAGCGUGCUGCCCAACAAGAGGCUUUUAUAUCUGAGCUAAAAUCAGUGAAUGCCCAAGUGGAAACUGAGAUUACCACGUUGAGAGCAAAGCUAGAACUAAUGGAGGGAACACUGGAAAGUCGAGAAGCAGAAAACAACGAGCUGCAGGCAAUGAACCAGGUCCUGAAUGAAGAAGUGCUUAGUCUUAAGGCUAGGAACACUGAACUUCAGGAGAAAGAAAAGUCUCUGUUAGAGCAGAGCAGAAAGGAUCAUGAUGACCUAACUUCUAAACUGAAGGCAGUCCAGCAGGAAGCAGCAAAGAAUGAGCAACGAAUGGAGGCAAACUUAGAAACUCGAGAAGAACAAAACAUAGAGCUGCAGUCGAGAAUCCAUGAUCUGAAACAAAAAGUGCUUAGUCUUGAAGAUGUGAACACUGAACUUCAGGACAAAGAAAAGUUUCUGUUGGUUUCUAUUUCUGAAAAAGAGGCACUCAUUGACCAACAGCAAGCUAAAGUAGCACACCUGGAGCAGAAUAUUGAGAAGCUUUCUGGACAACAGGAGGACAGCUCAAAGACAAUCGAGGAACUUCAGCAUCAACUAGACCUGAGCUCAGUGGAGUCUUUCGAACAGAAAAAGACCAUUCUUGAAUUGGAGGCACAAAUUGAAAAGCGUAAUUGGACCACCAAUCAAGUGGUAACUGAGCUUCAGUCAAAACAAACUGAAGUUCAGCAAAUGCAUGAAAUUAAUGACCAAUUAGAAGAGGACAAACGAGUUUCCCUUGAGCGUGCUGCCCAACAAGAGGCUUUUAUAUCUGAGCUAAAAUCAGUGAAUGCCCAAGUGGAAACUGAGAUUACCACGUUGAGAGCAAAGCUAGAACUAAUGGGAGGAACACUGGAAAGUCGAGAAGCAGAAAACAACGAGCUGCAGGCAAUGAACCAGGUCCUGAAUGAAGAAGUGCUUAGUCUUAAGGCUAGGAACACUGAACUUCAGGAGAAAGAAAAGUCUCUGUUAGAGCAGAGCAGAAAGGAUCAUGAUGACCUAACUUCUAAAUUGAAGGCAGUCCAGCAGGAAGCAGCAAAGAUGCAAAGUAUUGUCAGGGAAAAAGAGGCACUCAUUAAUCUACAGCAAGCUAAAUUAGCAGAGCUAGAGCAGAAUAUUGAGAUGCUUUCAUCGGCAGCUGCUUUUUCUAACACGGAAAAUAACAGCAAACUGGUGCAGACUGACAAUUGGGAGCCUCCAAGCCAACAAGAACAUCCUGUCUCUUCAUCAUCAGGCACAUUCUGUAGCGUCAAGAAAUUAAUGUAUGUUUGUGCUAUGACUUUGUCUUCCACCGCCGGAUUCUUUGCAGGCACUCUAGCAGCAGGAACAUGUAACUCUAAUGGUUACAAUGCUCUUAGUGACUUGAUAGGUCUCAGAAAUGACCUUUCGAUUUACUAAUUCUGUAAAACACCAGGACUAAAGCAGGCCUUUAUGGUUACCUUUCCACCUUCAAGCUGCUCUUUAACCUAAAUUACUUCAUCUUAACUGGGCCAUGGACU